AUGGCAAACACUUUGGAAGGCGGCAAACUUUUCUUUAGUGUUGAACGUUUUGAUUACACUAAAGGAAUCUAUGAAAAAUUGGAAGGUUUCAAGAAGUAUCUUGAAAGAUACCCCGACCGCAUCGGCAGGGAUGUGUUUUAUCAAAUAGCUCCAUAUAAUCGUCGAAAUAUUGAAAACUACAAAAAUUAUCAAGUAAAAGAUUUAGAAAACUUGUCAAAAAAUAUGUUUAAGAAGAAAAUUUUUUAAGAAGAGGGGUUGGAGAAUAUCUGUUAUUACCUGAAAUAGCAAGGGAUAUAUGGGCCGGGGGUGAGCGCAUUGUGCUUUGAUUUGAUUGAGUU